AGGGGGGGAGUUGGCUGCCGGCAGAGCCUUCCAGGCUUCUCAUUGGUGGAUGUGGAAGGGGGACUCCCACAGUUUUAGGAGAUGCGGACUUGUCUGCGGAGAUGUGCGCAAAGUUUGCUCUUGGUGUGAAAUGGAUUGUGGCUUGUUGGAGACUCCAGAUCUCAUGAACAUGUGGGAAACAGUCCGGGAGAGAAAGUUUAUGCGUUGCUUGGGAACAGUGUCGCUCAGCUCGCCCGCGUGCGGAUGUUUCCCGGGGAGAUCUGACGGGCUGGAUUCCCAAUUGCUUUUUUAAAAAUCUUGGAAACUUUGUCCUUCGUUGAAUUACGACACUGUCCACCUUUAAUUUCCUCGAAAACUCCAAUAACUCGGCUGAAGCCAUGCCUUGUGUUCAGGCGCAGUAUGGGUCCUCGCCUCAAGGAGCCAGCCCCGCUUCUCAGAGCUACAGUUACCACUCUUCGGGAGAAUACAGCUCCGAUUUCUUAACUCCAGAGUUUGUCAAGUUUAGCAUGGACCUCACCAACACUGAAAUCACUGCCACCACUUCUCUCCCCAGCUUCAGUACCUUUAUGGACAACUACAGCACAGGCUACGACGUCAAGCCACCUUGCUUGUACCAAAUGCCCCUGUCCGGACAGCAGUCCUCCAUUAAGGUAGAAGACAUUCAGAUGCACAACUACCAGCAGCACAGCCACCUGCCCCCUCAGUCCGAGGAGAUGAUGCCACACUCCGGGUCGGUUUACUACAAGCCCUCCUCACCCCCGACACCCAGCACCCCGGGCUUCCAGGUGCAGCACAGCUCUAUGUGGGACGACCCGGGGUCUCUUCACAACUUCCACCAGAACUACGUGGCCACUACGCACAUGAUCGAGCAGAGGAAGACACCUGUCUCCCGCCUUUCGCUCUUCUCCUUUAAGCAGUCGCCCCCGGGCACUCCUGUGUCUAGCUGCCAGAUGCGCUUCGACGGGCCUCUGCACGUCCCCAUGAACCCGGAGCCCGCGGGCAGCCACCACGUAGUGGAUGGGCAGACCUUCGCCGUGCCCAACCCCAUUCGCAAGCCGGCAUCCAUGGGCUUCCCGGGCCUGCAGAUCGGCCACGCGUCUCAGUUGCUUGACUCACAGGUGCCCUCUCCGCCGUCCCGGGGCUCUCCCUCCAACGAGGGUCUGUGCGCGGUGUGCGGCGACAACGCGGCCUGUCAGCACUACGGUGUUCGCACUUGUGAGGGCUGCAAAGGUUUCUUUAAGCGCACGGUGCAAAAAAACGCGAAAUACGUGUGUUUAGCAAAUAAAAACUGCCCAGUGGACAAGCGCCGCCGAAAUCGUUGUCAAUACUGUCGAUUUCAGAAGUGCCUGGCUGUUGGGAUGGUUAAAGAAGUGGUUCGCACCGACAGUUUAAAAGGCCGGAGAGGUCGUUUACCCUCGAAGCCGAAGAGCCCACAGGAUCCCUCUCCCCCCUCACCUCCGGUGAGUCUGAUCAGUGCCCUCGUCAGAGCCCAUGUCGACUCCAACCCGGCUAUGACCAGCCUGGACUAUUCCAGGUUCCAGGCAAACCCUGACUAUCAGAUGAGUGGAGAUGACACCCAACAUAUACAGCAAUUCUACGAUCUCCUGACUGGCUCCAUGGAGAUCAUCAGAGGUUGGGCAGAGAAGAUCCCUGGCUUUGCUGACCUGCCCAAAGCUGAUCAAGACCUGCUUUUUGAAUCAGCUUUCUUAGAAUUAUUUGUUCUGCGAUUAGCGUACAGGUCCAACCCAGUGGAGGGUAAACUCAUCUUUUGCAAUGGGGUGGUCUUGCACAGGUUGCAAUGCGUGCGUGGCUUUGGGGAAUGGAUUGAUUCCAUUGUUGAAUUCUCCUCCAACUUGCAGAAUAUGAACAUCGACAUUUCUGCCUUCUCCUGCAUUGCUGCCCUGGCUAUGGUCACAGAGAGACACGGGCUCAAGGAACCUAAGCGAGUGGAAGAGCUGCAAAACAAAAUUGUAAAUUGUCUUAAAGACCACGUGACUUUCAAUAAUGGGGGCUUGAACCGACCCAACUAUCUGUCCAAACUGUUGGGGAAGCUCCCAGAACUCCGCACCCUUUGCACACAGGGGCUCCAGCGCAUUUUCUACCUGAAAUUGGAAGACUUGGUACCGCCACCAGCAAUAAUUGACAAACUUUUCCUGGAUACCUUACCUUUCUAAGAUCUUCUCCCAUGCACUUCAAAAGACCUGGAAAGAAAAACUAUCCAGAGGGGGCUGGUCAUGGGCAGAGAGCUGGCUAAGCUGUUCAGUUCAUGUCCUCUCCCUUCUGUAGACCCCUAACCCCAUUCCUAAAGUAAACAAACAAACAAACAAGCAAACAAACAAAAACUAUUUCCUAACCUGCAGGCAGAACCUGAAAGGGCAUUUUGGCUCCGGGGCAUCCUGGAUUUAGAAAACGGACAACACACAGUACAGUGGUAUAAACUUUUUAUUAUCAGUUCAAAAAUCAGUUUAUUGUUCAGAAGAAAGAUUGCUAAUGUACCAUGGGAAAUGUUUGGUCAUGCUUGCUUGUUACAGUUAAGACAAAUGUAACACACACACACACACACACACACACACACACACACACACACACUCCUUAAGGGGACCCACAUAUUUUGCCCUUUAACAAGACUUCAAAGUUUUCUGCUGUAAAGAAAGCUGUAAUAUAUAGUAAAACUAAAUGUUGCGUGGGUGGCAUGAGUUGAGGAAGGCAGAGGCUUGUAAAUUUAUCCAAUGCAGUUUGGCUUUUUAAAUUAUUUUGUGCCUAUUUAUGAAUAAAUAUUACAAAUUCUAAAAAGUAAGUGUGUUUGCAAAAAAAAAAAAAAGAAAAUAACUACAUAAAAAGGGACAAGCAUGUGAUUCUAGGUUGAAGAUGUUAUAGGCACUUGCUAUUUCAGUAAUGUCUAUAUUAUAUAAAUAGUAUUUCAGACACUAUGUAGUCUGUUAGAUUUUAUAAAGAUUGGUAGUUAUCUGAGCUUAAACAUUUUCUCAAUUGUAUAAUAGGUGGGCACAAGUAUCAACACAUUGGAAAAUCCUGACAAAAGGGACACAUAGUGUUUGUAACACCGUCCAACAUUUCUUGUUUGUAAGUGUUGUAUGUACCGUUGAUGUUGAUAAAAGAAAGUUUAUAUCUUGAUUAUUUUGUUGUCUAAAGCUAAACAGAACUUGCAUGCAGCAGCUUUUGACUGUUUCCAGAGUGCUUAUAAUAUACAUAACUCCCUGGAAAUUACUGAGCACUUUGAAUUUUUUUUGUUUUUUUUUUUACGUCUAAAAUUGUCAGUUAAUAUAUUAUUUUAUGUUUGAGUAAGAAUUUUAAUAUUGCCAUAUUCUGUAGUAUUUUUCUUUGUAUAUUUCUAGUACGGCACAUGAGAUGAGUCACUGCCUUUUUUCUAUGGUGUACGAUGACAGUUAGAGACGCUGAUUUUUUUUUUCCUGAUAAGUUCUUUCUUUGAGAAAGACAACUUUAAUGUUUACAACAAUAAACCACGUAAAUGAA